AUGUGCUUCAAAAAGAAAUCCCAGCCCUUCUUUCUUGGAAACAACCUCGGCUCCCACUCAUCGGUGAUGGCAUUGAGGGCUUGUUCUUGCAAAGCCCUUGGUGGUUGUGGAGGCGGCGGUGGAGUAGGUUCUCUGGCAGGGGAUGGUGGUGGAGUGGGCAUUCUUUGCCGUUCAGGAGAGGGCGAGGAUGAGGAGGAUGAUAUCCUUCUUCUUGUGUUGGAGGCGUUUUUGCGGGCAGCAACCUUCCUUCUUGCCGGCGGCAUCUUGUACAAACCCUAG